AUGGAGGAUGAUAAUUUGGAGAAAGCUGUAGAGAGUGAGGAGGAUAAGAAAGAGGAAGUGACUGUGGAUGAGAAGAAAGAGGAAGAGCGAGAGCAGGAGAAGAAUGAGGAAGAGGAAGAGGAAGAGGAGAAAGUGGAAGAGGAAAAACAUCAGAAGAAAGAUGAAGAAAUAGUGGUGGAGAACAGAGAGGGGGAAUGUGCUGAGGAGAAGAAAGAUGAAGAAAGGAUGGAAAGUCUGGAAGAGGAAAAAGGAAAGAAGAAAGAUGAAGAAAAAGUGGUGGAAAACAGAGAGGGAGAAUGUGCUGAGGAGAAACUGGAUGAAGAAAGGAUGGAGGAUGGAAAACAGGUGCAAGUUUAUCAGAAGAGAAUGAAGAGAUUAGCGUCAAAGGGGACUAGGGGACCAAGUACCAGAAAGCGGACGCGCUCACAACUAGUCCGCACCCCUUUCACUCAAGAAAAGAAGAAGGAAGUUCAUCAAGAGAUAAUUAACAUAUCACACCACAAGGAGGAAGAGAGGGAAAAAAUCAGGUUCUAUUGUAAGCCUGAUGAAUGCACUUGGGAUUUUUUGGGGAAGAGGAAAAUCAAGAAGAAGGAGGAGGCUCUAGAAGGAGGAGCCACUUUGCUAGAGAGGCCAGAUGUGGAGUCCAUGGGCAACCAAUAUGGGGUUGUAUCGACAUUCUUCUGCUCACCCCAGAUUUUCCACAUCUAUACACCUCUUUCAUACAAAAGCAUGUUGCCGCAAGGAAGAAUGUACUCCUUAUCCCGCUUGUGCGUCAUGACCACUGGCAUGUGGCUGAAGUAA